GGUAAAAGAAAACGGAGUCGUAUCGGUAUCGUUUACGGUGCGUACGACUAGUGAGUACGUACCUUCUGGUACAAAYAUACGUAUUCGCACUUGAUGUUUUUUCCAUUCUUGAUGUCAUUUGUUUUGUCGAAAGAAUUCUGGCGUCGUGAAUCUCCCCCACAUUUAGACUAGCUAAACAUUUUACUAUCCCACAUCGGUACUUAUGAUCUCUAGCAAAAAUGACAAGAUUGAAUUGUCAUCAACGGUUCGAUUCUGAUUCCGAUUCCACCCGAUGCGAUUCCGACAAAAAUAGAGGCAUCGAAGCCAGGUCUUACGAAGCGACGGACAUCAAGAACCUGAUGGAUGCGGGUUCAAAUUGUGAACGCACCGAAUGGCACGCGUAUUUUAUUCAAAAAGUUCUUUCUCUUCUGAAUGCUUGGUUGCAGCGGUCUCCGUCAUAMCCUUUGAUGAAAACUCUCCAGAUAUACUUUUCAUAAAAGGCACCAAACUACCGGACUMGUUGCUUUGUAUUACAUAAAUUUCCUKAUGGCAGAACGGUGACAAUAGAUCUAAUGAUGCAAAUUUAUCUCAUAUUUAUUCUCUACUCACUCUCAUUUGUGUCUAGCUUUAUCCUUGAUAAAGCUCCGGCCCCGCUUUCUGGACUCCGUGAAUUGGUCGAAGCUCAACACGAGAAACGUGUCUCUGUCGGUCUGAAAAUCGGGGAUCCUGAAGGAAACUCGAUUCUAGCCAUCAAUGGACUCGUUUUUGAUUUCACGAAAGAAAUCCAUGUCUCAAAAAAUGAUUUCAUUARCAUGCCCGGGAAGCAUUGGCCCUGGGUAUCUUUCACUGGAGGACUUCGCGAGCUAAGGGUUGUCGAAGAUGGGUCCUUUAUUUCGAUGAGAGGAAACCAGAUCGUAAAACCACUGAAAGGAUGCUGGGAGCUUGUCUGGAGGAAAGGUGACCCCGAUGGAACUCUGACUUUUGGAUUGGAACUGGAUCAAGUUUACAAAAGAAACGACGCAACUCUUCCCAAGGGAAUGAUCUAUAUUUCACUUACCACGUGGAGCAGUGAAGGACUGAAGAAUGCUCAGAGUUUCAAGAAGCGUAGCACUGAGCGUGCUGRUAUGGCCCUGAAGAAAAGAGACGAAGAAAUUUUCAAGAUGAAUCAUACGACUAACAUAUUUCAAAAGGGACUCCACUAUUACAAGGCCCUUUGCGCGKUUGACGAAUACCUCAUGGAGCCAAAUCUAAAGAUGAGAAGAAUACCCAGUGAGGAUGAAGUCGUGCAUUUGGAAGGCGAUCUGUACAUUUGCAAGAGCGGCAAAGUGUGGACACAUGAUUCUCCUAUGGGAAAGCAAGCAACCAUCGGAACUGUUAGUCUGGAACUGCUCUCUAAAAAAAUGUGAACUGAGCUUACUUACUCGGUGAAACAUCGACGAGCAAGACUACAAAGUAUGCAAGAGCCAGCGAAARAACAUCAAAGCUGUUCUCUACGGCGAUCAGCGAUAAUAGAAUAAUUCGAAGAAGUGAAAGCCCAGGUUCUCCAUGGCAAYCUCACCUAUCAUAUCAAUAUUUAGUGACAUUUGCAAAUGUUUAUAUUCCCUACUCUCUGGAGAACUAGUAUGACGUAAAAAAUAUUGUCAUGAUCAUAUGUUCCAUACUUUGCACGAUUUUUGUUCGGUUGCAUUGGAAAAACAAGCUAUAAUWCAUUUAAGGUCGUAAUCUACCGUUUGAAAACGACGACAAUGUUUUCCCUCGGCAAGAAGGAGACACGAAAGCAUCUCCCAGGAGUACAUCAGCCCUGCCAUCUUUGGUCCAUAGCAAUCCUCUUUCAGACAACAAGAGGUCUUCUUGCAAUUUAUGGCACUGAUCGUUAUUCGGGAUAGUGGCCAGAGAGUAAUCCCAUGCGUUGUCGCAUUUCUCAGCAAAAAUAUGUGCAUUUCGUUCGUGGAUUGCCUUCAUUAUUGGAUUAUUGGUCAGCUGGUAUUUCACUAAUUCUUCGUUCCACUUUCUGGUGUAGAAAUYCAUUUCGUCGAAAACUUUCUGCUUGGCAGCCUGACCAUAUUUGAGGCCCUCUUCGGUCCAGACGGGAAAACUCAUCCACAUAUCACCCUCGGGUAAAACCGCUUUGUUUCUAGAGUACGUACGAGGAAGAUUGAAGGCAAAAAUYAUAGUUCCCGCGGGUCUGCCCCUCAUCCAACAAAUUUCCCAACACCCCUUCUGGCAGUCAAUGUGCUGCAAUCCAUCCAUAUUUACGAACUCUCCCUUCGAAAGGAUGUUCAUGUUGUACCCACCGGAGGAGACAUCGGAAUAUUCGCCAUCGCUCCCAGGAAGCUUGACGUGCUCUUUUGCUUCCUCGCUGUCGUAAGGACCACCCAGUUGGAUGACCAUGUUCUGGAUGGUGAGAAAUCCAGUCUCCUCGUCACCAACAUUGAUUCGUAUGUCGAGUUGUGUGUUAUCCUGGCAUUGGCGAUCAAUCACAUCUUGGAGAUCGGGUCGUAUUUCGUUCUUCACAUUUUUUUGCCGACUCCCAUUGAAAUUCUCCAUGAAUGCACAGGUACUCCAAGUAGAUGAUACUAAGAGGAGCACGAAAUAAUAMAAGUCUGAUUUU